ACUAUUCUCAAGACGUCAUUGCUCUCAAUGUCUGGAAACGAUAUAAAUCCCUCGACUUGGGAGAAGAGAAAGGAGAAAUGGUCGGCAAACCGCGCCCGUCAAGACAAAGCCCAUCAAGAGGUGCUCCGGAUUGUCGCUGCCUUGGAUGAAAGCAUAUGUCGUGGCGCUGCCGCCUCUGGAGUCUCUGAAGAGGGGUUGAGGGAGGUAAUCUUUGGGACACAGAAUCUGGCUCGGUUCCGGAGGAAGCGAGCCCCGAAUCUGAAGAAUGUUGCUGUCCAUCUCACGAAGGUGGACUUGCAAGCCAAAGGUCUAGAGUUCGAUCUACAUCUUGCUAAGCCGGAUUGGGAACUAUGCCUUGCACAGCUCCAGGAAGAUGCGGAUGCCGCUGCCUCAGGACGAGACGUCUUGAAGGCCCGUCGUGAUGCAGAGACCCAGCAGAUUCGAGUGUCCCGCAAGGCACGGGAGGGAGAUCAGACAGCCACAACGUGGGCACUAUGGCAAGAGGCACAUGCUUUUAAUGUCCGGACGAGGGGCCAUAUCUUUGGGUUUACCGUUAAAGGCUCCCCUCUCGACUAUGGCGCCGCACAGUUUUUUGGUGACGAUGUCGGGGAAGCCUUCCUUCGUCAAGUUCUAGGGAAGUCAGGAGAAGAAUUAGCAAAGGAGUUCGAGAUAUUUGCCAUUCACGGUUCCUGAGGCAUUGCGUCCAGAAUGUUGGACCGAAAGCUCGAAUUGAAAGCAAGUGUCCGGAAAAUGCUCUUGAAUGGCCUGCGAACGGUUUCACACAACGACGCAGCCAUGAUGCAAUACGCCAAAUUCGGGAGGAACGUCGAGGACGUAUAUGGUGUCAUGCUGGAGGGCUGGCCAGGCGGGCGGAUCGAGAAUCCUUCCAGUCUGGCCAUGGCAGAACUGGAGGUCUUGCAUACGGCCCUUCUGGAGGGCGCUUGUCAUUUCCGGCCAUUAAAUGACCAGGACAGGCUCCGGAGGCAGCAGGAGCGAGAGGUCGAGAGAGAUGUUGCUCGUGGCAAGCAUCUCCAGAGAGCACAGGUGACCACUGCUGUUGAGGGAGGGGUCGUUGUUGGCCCCAGUGCUGUCCUCCCGCCUCUCCCGAUGGGCAGUAAUGGACUUGCAAUUCCGCCUUAUCCUUGGUCUGGAGAAAAUAAUGGUUUGCUACCUACAUUCUAGAUACUUGGAUAGUCUAAUAAU